CACUGCCCCGCAGUCACGUCCAGCCGAGAUACGGGACGCGUUCCACAGCGGCCGCGCCCCUCCGCUUCUCGCCGCACCCGUGGUCAUGGCCGACGAGCCAAAUCUGCCGCAGCUGCCACGCUCAGCUGGCAAUUCGGCGGCAUUGAUUUUGGGUUAUGGACGCAAGCGUGCUAGAGGCGCGAAUGCUACCUACGCACCUCCGCAUGUUUUGAGCUCGAGCGACCCUGCCGUCUUCUCAAGUGAUGACGACGCGGGAUUGGACAACUAUGUUGACGGCCGGCGUAAGAAGCGAUACGUGGGAACAUGGUAUGAUCAACAUCCAGUAUCGUCGGCGUCGUCCGACUCGGCCCUGAGCGUCGAAUGGGCGGCUCCCCCCCUCCCUACCCACAAGCGAGAGUUUAGAAGACAGCUCGACAGCGGUGUUUGGCUGGAACAAGACGCGGGUAACCUCUCUACGGCUGGCGGGUCUGCUAAUGACGACGACCUGGCUAGUGAUGCCAAAUCCGGCGACUCAAUCGAUUCGGCAUAUUCGGCAGACUCGGGCGACCUUGAAGACUUCUGGUUUGAAGGCGAUGCAGAGAUUCUCAGAGCAUUUGCAAAGAAUGUGUUGCCUCCAGCAAACCGCACAAAGCUCUCCGCUGAAGAGCAGGAGGCCAAAGAGAUCAUCGAUGAAUGUGUUGAAUCCGGCAAUACUAUCGUCCAACUCAGCGAUUUGGGCUUGCACGUCAUCUCCAAUGAAGUUCUCGAGCCAAUCUCGGCGAUUACCCCCAUUCCCAAUGUGGAUGUGGGUGUCGAGUUUGAAUACCACGAGCCCUCAAUCGAGGUGUACAUGGCAAACAAUUCUAUCCGGGAGUUUCCCGGCGCCAUCCUAGGCGUCGAGUUCUUGACAGUGCUGAGCCUCCGUGGAAACAAGCUCAGGGAACUCCCCUCGUCUAUUGCGUCUCUGAAGAACUUGAAGGAACUCAACAUUGGUCAGAACCUCUUGAGAUAUCUACCGGGCGAGCUACUGGAUAUUCUAGGUGUUAAAAUGGCAUUCAAGAAGUUAACGGUCCAUCCCAAUCCAUUUUAUAUGCCCAAGGACUGGCGCAGCCAAGCAUACACGAUGUCAGGCCCGAUUGAGGCCUUGGAGGGAAGCGAAGAAAAUCGCGCUCGCGGGGAGUAUGAAUCUGGGACCUUUGGCCGGAAUGUCAUGGGAACGGAUUGCUGCCGGACUCCGGUUCAGGUGAAUGAUGGAGUACGACGACCCAUCUCCGAGUUUCGGUUCCCCGCGUUACAUGGUCCCCACGACCCCCCCGACCAGGACCUUGCUAAGCACGAGUCCGAAGUGUAUCUCGAGCGGGAAAGCUUUUGGGAAUUGGCUUUGCCGAAGAAAAUCUCGUACCAGCCACGGCUUCCCGAAGACGGACAAGGACCGCCGAGACCAAAGGGUGCGCCGUCUCUGAUGGAACUUGCUCUCCGAGCCGCUGUCUACAGCGAUCGCGUGAACGAUCUGGUUUUGAUGGUGAACCGUGGCGACCUCAUUGCGGACCACCUUACCAGGUCGUUCAACCGAGCCGUUGAAGUUGCGAAGAUGGGUGGCCAGAAGUGCUGCGUCUGCGGCCGGGAGACACUAACACCCGCGACUGAGUGGAUCGAGUUUCGGAUGGCCGGGAGACGAGACGAUAUGCUGCCAUUUAUGCGUCGCGGAUGUUCGUUAGCAUGCCUCCCUUACAAGGCAGCACCGCCUCCCCCCACCUUUUUCGAUCAGCGUCUUGCGAUUCAAAGCGCCAUGGAUGACACACAUGGUAUCGAAUAUCCCGAAGAUUUUGUAUGGUAAGGCUUUGGGUUUUCGUGUUUGUGUUUGGGGAGAAGCGGGAUUGGAGUGGCGUGCGGCGUGUUGGAAACGGGUGUUCAGGUUUCACGAUUUGAUACCCCCGGAAGAGUCAUGUUUUGAAGGUUUGAGCGGAAAAGGGUCGCGUGUAAAGAGUACUGAAGCGUCAUGUCUGAGUACUAGAGAAUG